AUGCCCGGCCCCUACAUGCCUGGUCGCAGGCAGGCCGAGCAGCAGUACUACCACCACCACAUGCCGCCCCAGACACACUCGCCCGUCCACCACAACCCCUAUGCCGCGCCCUUCCACCACCUGCAGCAGUAUGGCCCUCCCCACGCCUAUCCCCAGCACAUGCAGCCCAUGCAGCAGUGGUAUCCGUACCAGCAGCCCCCGCCGCCCCCGCCCCAGUAUGCCAUGCCGCCGCGCCAGUUCCAGCCCCAGCCUCAUGCCUCGCCCGUCGUCGUCUCGUCGCACCUGCACAUGGUGCCGCCCGUGAACCGCGCCAUGGGCCAGACGCCCCCCAUUGUCCAUUCACGCACCCCGCCCGUCGCUCGCCUGCCGACCCCUCAGCAGCCGCCCUCGACGCCUGCGCUCCACUCGCACGUCCACGUGCCCGUGCCGACUCCCCAGCCGCCGACCGCCCUCGACAGCCCGCCCUCUGCUGUCGAGUCCAAGCAGCCGCCGCCGCCAGCCCCGUCCACCCCGCACUCCAUCACGUUCAAGCCAUUCUAUCCGCCCCUGCCCUGGCUGUCUGUGCCCGAGUCCGACUUCCCCGCGCGCGCUUCACGACCAAGGAGACGGCGAAGGGCCCCGGUGUCGACCGAGGAGCAGUCUCUGGCUCUGCCCUCGCGCGAACAGGCCGGCGACCAGGAUGCUUCCAACGAGUCCGACGAAGACACAGAGGGCAACAGAACCCCGACUGAAGAACCCGAGGAGUCCCAGGCGUCCACGGUUGCGGGGCCCUCUGACGCCGAAGUCGACACUCCCUCUACCUCGCACCCCCCUUCAGAAGUCGAUUUGGCCCAGUCUACAGCCCCGUCCGCCACCACACCAUCGAGCACACAACAAGCUGUCCCGCCCGUGGAUGCUGUGAAGAAGCACGCCCGCAACCCAACCAUACCCGCUGUGCCCCGUGUUCCAAUCAAGGCUGUGAACGCAUCCAGUGCAGCUUCCACCACGCAGCAGUCUGUCAAAUCACCCGCCGCACCUCAACCAGACGUGUCACAGGUGGGCGACGUGGCAGCUGCCCCCCAAGAUUCAGGCGCAAAUGCCCAAGAAAAGCCCAAGCCAGCCGCGCCCAAGUCGUGGGCAGAGCUGUUGCGGGCAAAGAACGCCUCCAAAGCAGCCCAGCCAGUUGCCCCGCCAAGCAACUCUGUGCCCACUACUACUAAUGGACCUGUUGUACAAAAGAGCAAUACCCUUGCCGAUGUCCUGGCCUCUUUUUCAGUCGAUUCGGAGAACAAGGUUUCGUUUAUUGAGCCGCGUGGUCUUGUCAACUCUGGCAACUUGUGUUAUAUGAAUUCGAUUCUCCAAGUGCUUCUUUUCUGCGUCCCAUUCUACGAUUUCCUUGACCAGGUUGCGAAGCGCGCUGUGCACAGUUUCAAGUCCGAGACACCCCUUAUAGACGCCAUGAUUAUGUUCCUGCGCGAUUUCAAACUUAUUGAUUCCGCCGCUACUGUUGAGCAACUCCGUCUGCGAUUGAAGAAUAACGAUGUAGAGCAAUACGGUGACCCACUGGCUCCCGAGUACGUAUACGACGUCACCAAGCGCCUGCCUCGCUUCGAUAACAUGAAGAGGGGUCAGCAGGAAGACGCUGAAGAAUUUCUGGGCUUCUUGCUUGCUGGUCUGCACGACGAAUGUGUUCAGAUAAUCAAGAGUGGAAAACAGAGCCAGCCUGGAGGCACUGCUACAUCUGACAAGAGCGAGCGAUCAGGUUCCAUUGACGGGGGCUGGGAAGAAGUCGGUCCCAAGCAGAAGACGGCCGUCACCCAAAACUCUGGAGCAAUUGACAUUGAAAGCCCCAUUACCAAAAUAUUUGGUGGCAAGCUACGCUCAGAGUACAAGAGGCCCGGUGAAAAGGCUUCAGUCACGCUUGAGCCAUACCAACCACUUCAACUCGACAUUGGUGAGCCCAACACCAAUAACAUUACCGACGCCCUCAAGAACCUCACGCGAUUGGAGACACUGGAUGGCGCCGCUCGUGGCGCCAAGGCAUCGACAAAGCAAGUGCACAUUGAAUCGCUGCCGCCCGUGUUGAUACUCCACCUGAAGCGUUUCCACUACGAUGAGAAGGGUCCACAGAAGAUUUGGAAGAAGAUUGGAUACCCUCUGGAAUUGGAGCUUCCCAAGGAGGUAUUUCCGCUGCACAAGCGAGGAAGCUACCAGGUCCAAGGCGGAUUUCCUCGGUACAGGCUCACUGGUGUUGUCUACCACCACGGCAAGAACGCCAGUGGCGGUCACUACACGGUGGAUCUACGACGACAGGAAGGAAAGGAGUGGAUCCGCAUGGACGACACCAUCAUCCGCCGCAUCCGCGCCGAAGAAGUUGCCGAAGGUGGCGCUGAAGAAGAUCCCAAGGUGUUGGCUGCUGCCCUCGAGCAGCACAAGAGCGAUGCUGGGAAGAACAAGAACUUCUUUGCCCAGAUCGACAUGGACGAGGACGAGGCUGACAAAGGAGGCUGGAACCAGGUCAAUGGGUCUGAGAAACAGAAGGAUGGCACCAAGAAGUGGAGUGGUGUGGUCAACGGCGCAGCCACGCCGACGUCAACAGGCAAGAGGACGCCGCUCCCCAAGGAAAACGUGCGGGACAACAAGGUGGCGUAUAUCUUGUUCUACCAGCGCAUUGAAGCCUGAACACGGACCAGGGUGAAAUGUGGUGGGGAAAGAUUCAACACGAAUAUGACAUGAAGAGCCAUCUUGUUAUGACUUGGACAAAAAGUAAUAGAAGAUGGGAGGUGCGCGGAGGCGUGGGGAUGACCAGGGCCGAGUCAUGAAAAGUCGCAAUUAGCAGCAGUAGUAGCAGCAGCAGCAGCAUCGCUUUGGCACGGUGCACAAAAGAGUGGGUGGAGGGGAAAAAAAAGUAUUUCGUGUCGGUUGAUA